AAGUAGGGGUUGAGACUCCCUCAAGGUUACAGAAGAUUGUGACAGACUUGCAACUUGGCUCUUCCUGGGUUUGCCAAGUAGUUAUCUGAGCCCCACUGUUAACUGACUAUAAAAAUCAUAAAUACCAUUAUCUUGAGUGGGGAUGGAAAAAUAAUUUUUUUUAAAUAGGUAAAAACCCUGUGUUCCCUCAUUCAAUUUGCAAAUUGGUGUUAUUUUCAAAAGGUGAUUAUUUCCUUUUCUUUUUAAUGUUAAUCUGACUUUGAAGAAUUUUAUCUUCCAUUGCUCUAUGUGGUUAAAUGUAUUGUUUCUCUUUUGCAUUUUACCCAGUAUUAGGACAAAACUUUGACCAUAGAGUACUAAAAAUAAUAGGCCAAAUGUGUAAAAAGUUUAGUAAAUAUUACCCCUCGCAAAGGUUGGCUUUUAAUUGGCCAUUAUAUGUAAUUAUACUUAUAUCCUUUAUUUUUCACAUGUUUGUUUGAAAGCCCUAAACUGUCACAGGUAAUAAUACCCUGAGUGUCUACCUCAAAGAUAAGUAGCUACAUUUUUGUGCCUAAGAAAAUACCUAGAGGGUCACAGGAUGGAACAGCUAUAUGUAUAUUUGUGAGUCUGUUUGAGCAAUUUGGUUUUAAUUAAACUAUGUUUGAGUAAGUUAAUGGUUGGGGAAAGUAAUUGUUUCAGUUCACCAGUCAGGAUUAUUAAUGAUAACCAUAGUAGCAAUGUUUAUGAGCACUUGACUGUUUCUGUUCUGGCGUUUUUUUGUGAAUUAACUCAAACAACUGUUUGAAAUUAGUGUUGCUAUUACCACCAGCAUUUGACAGCGAGGAAUUGGGCACAGAGAGGUUAAGUCAUCUGCCAGUGGUCUCAUAACUAGGAAGUGGUGGAGCCAGGGUUGGAAGCAAUGCAACAGCUUGUGUUGUCUCAAAUGAAAUGCUUUCUGUGGUUCCUAGGCUUACAGGGAAUGACUAAGACAUUCUCUGGCUUCAAAAAAGCAACUAAUAAUUUGUAUAUUUAUUUUUGUUAACUGUAUACUUAUUUUUGUUAACUUCAUGUCUCUCCUGCUACCCUAUAAGCUUCCUGAAAGCCAAGUUUAUCUUCUUUUUGCUCACCUAUAUAUUCUUUGCUGGAAAAGCACCAUAAGGAGCUUAGUUAUUGUUGGCUGAAUGAAUGAAUGGCUUAAUCAUAAUAAGAGAAGUCUCUCAGAAGUCACUUUUGUCCCCUUGCAGCUCUAUGGCAGACUGAGCUUAAUAAGAUAAAGUAUUUACCAUGGAUCAGAGUUUUGGGAACAAAAUUAGAAAGAUAAAGUAUUUGUUUUUUAUUGAUUCCUCUUCCCCUUUUCCAGGAGAUACUUUGGUUUGGAAAAACUGAAUUCUGCAUACACAAUUUUAAAAUUAUUUCCCUUUUAAUCUUCUCUACUUUCUGAGUUAAGAGCUGUUUCUAUUCCCCUUUUGCAAAGGAGGAAACCAGUGUAGGGAGAUUCAGCUUUUUCCCUGAUGUCUCACCAGAUUCAGCAGAGGCUGGCAGAGCUGGUGCCAGUGCCCCUACGUGAUGUGCUGUGGUGUCUACUAGGCUGGGGCUAUGAAAGUGGGCUGUGGACUCCCUUUCGAAAUGUGGCCAGCCACAAUGUCCCUUCCCUCCCAGGACUGCCUUCGUGUUGUUUUUUUUUCCUGGCCCCUUUAAAAAAUCUCAUCCAACAUUACACUUUGGAUGUGCUUGUUGUUUUCUAGUCUCCUCCCCACUAAGACCUCCAAUUUCUCCCCUGAUUACAACUGAAUUUCUUCAUUUAGAAAGUCAGAAACCAGUUUGGGGAAUACUGUGGAAGGUGGAGCACUAGCAUGAUUGGAUAUGUGAAACAAAGGACAAGUGGAUUCUCUGGGGCAAAAAAACCCUAGAAAACACAUAAAUGCAUCAUGACAGGGCAGUGGCUUAGAAUGUGUUCAUCCUAACCAUGGAAACAGAGCAAAGAGUUAAUUUCUAAGUUAGCCGCCAGGAUUUAAAACUGGGACAAUUUCACAUUAAUACUGCAUUUCUGACUUUUGGGACAAAAAAAAAAAAAAAACCAGUUCAAAGACUUGCUAGCACCGGGCCCUCAGUCUUACCAGGUGACAUGCGCUGGAGCUGACAGGGGCAGCCUCACCUUUAGUCAUGCGGGGUGUACUUCAUUUGGCCCCUUUCCCUAUCUGCUCUGUUUUGCUCUUUGAUGUUAUCUAACUCUCAGCAGCAUUUCAGUUAGUGAUUCCUGAUUCACAGGAAGAUUGUGUUCUAGUUACAGUCCUGUCCCUUUUAUAGCGACUCUAAUCCUCCUCUUACCAUCUUUGCCUUGUUAGGAGAUAGGGUAAAUGGCUUGAUCUGUCUGCAGUAGAUUGUGUUAGAAUUAUGUAAGUAAAGCUUAGGGUGAUGAUGGAACAUGAAAGAGAAAAUUGUAUCCUUGUAUUACAAAAAAUUAUAGUGUAAUUCCAGUAAGUCCCUGGGAGAAAGGGAUACCUUUUUAUUGUAUUUUAUUUCUUUCAGACUUAACUAACUCCAGAAAAUAACUUAAAGGAAAAAGAGGCAGAAUAAGAUAAUGAUGAAGCAGACUUUUUAAUGAAGUUUCUCUCUGUUAAGGCUGGAAUACAGUGGCAUAAUCUUGGCUCACUGCACCCUCUACCUCCCAGAUUCAUACGAUUCUCCUGCCUCAGCCUGCCGAGUAGCUGGGAUUACAGGCAUUUUGUUCCCAACAUCACCUUUGGUCACCCUGUGGUAGAAAGCCUUCGAAAGCAGCUAGGCCAGGACCCUUUCUUUGACAUGCACAUGAUGGUGUCCAAGCCAGAACAGUGGGUAAAGCCAAUGGCUGUAGCAGGAGCCAAUCAGUACACCUUUCAUCUUGAGGCUACUGAGAACCCAGGGGCUUUGAUUAAAGACAUUCGGGAGAAUGGGAUGAAGGUUGGCCUUGCCAUCAAACCAGGAACCUCAGUUGAGUAUUUGGCACCAUGGGCUAAUCAAAUAGAUAUGGCCUUGGUUAUGACAGUGGAACCGGGGUUUGGAGGGCAGAAAUUCAUGGAAGAUAUGAUGCCAAAGGUUCACUGGUUGAGGACCCAGUUCCCAUCUUUGGAUAUAGAGGUUGAUGGUGGAGUAGGUCCUGACACUGUCCAUAAGUGUGCAGAGGCAGGAGCUAACAUGAUUGUGUCUGGCAGUGCUAUUAUGAGGAGUGAAGACCCCAGAUCUGUGAUCAACCUGUUAAGAAAUGUUUGCUCAGAAGCUGCUCAGAAACGUUCUCUUGAUCGAUGAAACCAUAAGGAGCCCAGUGUUUCUGUUCAUGAAAUCUCCCUUUUACUGGAAAACAGGAAUACUGACUACCAAAUCAUAAUGCAAUUGAAGCCGUACUGCUUUUUUGAGCGGUUAUUCAUUCCAGUGAUUAAAACUGAUUGUGCAGAAUAUUCUAAGAGGUCAGAAAUUGGUGUGCAUAACUACAUUUUUAGUGAUGCAAUUUAAUGAUUAGUGAGUAAGAUACUGUUUUUAUUGAGAGAUUUGAUUUUUAUAAAGAGUAAAAAUUAAGGUUACAAACAGAAAAGUGUCUUAAUGUCUAAGGAGGGCAUAUUAGCUACACUACAAAAACAAAUUUUCUCUGUACUUCUGAAAAGAAUUUUGUUGUUUCUCAGCUAUUUUCCAAAAGCAAAGGAAGUCUUUAUGGUUUUUUUCUAUUUCAUGUUAUUUGUGAUUUGUUUAUAAGUUUGGGUGGGGUGGCAUACCAUAUUCUUGGUUCUUAAAAUCUAUCACUUUUCACCUUACGCUUGAUGUGUAAAAACUAUAAAAACAAUGUGUGAAACCCAGGGGUUCUAAAAUACAAGCAUAGAUUUUAUCAGGGUGUUUUGUCAAAGCAGGUUAUUCAGUGAUUCCUCCCCAUCAUUCUUAAGAACAUUAAAUAAUGCUGUUGUGUUAGCUCUGAGUAGAAAGGAAAAAGUAAAACCUCUGUUUGGAAGGAAUAUUGGGUUGAAUUCUGACUGCCCCUUUCUAGCUGGACCUUUAACAAAUCACCCAAUCUUUUUUGUGUCUCUCUGAAAUCAUUUAUACAUUAAAUGUAAUCAUAACAACUGUGGGGUUCUGUUGAGAAUUAAGAGGUAACACUAUAUAUGUAAAGUUUCCAGUACUAGUCCCAGAAUUUAGAAUAUGCUCAAUACAAAGUAAAUAGCAUUAUAUAAGUUUAUAUUUUUGUGAGUUAUAAAGUACUUUGAUAUAUUCUCAUUAAAUCUGUAAAUCACCUCUGUAAGUAAGUAAGUGGUAAUAAUAAAGCAGAUAUUUUUGUCCCCAUUUAAAAAAUGAAGAAAUUAAUGCUCAAUAGGGUGGUACCCUGGAAAGGAUCUGGGAAGUGGUAGAAUUUCUGGUCUGUACUUUUACAAAUGGAGCCCUUGGGAGGUGGGUUAGGUAAAAGAAGCUUUUUACUUAACAUUUUCUUAUUUCCAGUCUAAUUUUACACUGUAGCAGAACCAGAUGGCUGAGAAUAUUCUGGAACUAUGGAUCUUGACCCCAAGGACAAAUUAUUUUAUUCCAAGAAAGAUCAGGUAGGCGAAAAGAUGACAGGAUGCAGAGUCAAUCCAUAAACUAAAUAUUUAUAACUGUUCUGAAUUAUACAGAGUCUAAAAAUAUGUGUCAGCUACUUCAUUCCUGUAAAUACUCUUGCUGUGUUAUAAAUAUGGCAAGAAAUAUCAGGACCAAUAUCAAUAGACUUCUUGAGGCUACUAUAAGUUUUGAGAAAUAAGGUUCAAAAAACAAGAAUGCUAACACUUAAGCACAGACUAGAGCUUGCUUGGGUUUCUUCCUGCAUUACAAGGUAAAAAUUUGUUAAUGUUUGUUUUUAUUCAGCUUGGGAAAGCUUUGUGCCAUAAAUAGGUCGCAUUUAAUAACAAGCAACACAAGGCAUAUAGAAAUAACUUUAAUUAAAAAUCUUACAUAGAAUAUUAUAAUAUCAGACGUGACAAAGAUUUGAGUUUACUUGCCUGGACAACUUGGGUUUGUCUGGCUUUUGUUUUCUUUUUCUUUAAAAAUAAAUGUACAGUAAAACUACAAGCAAAA